UGCAGACGGGUCGUAGUUUAUUUUCAACUCACAAUAGUUUUCGAGUUCCACAUUGCUUUGGAUCGUAUUUUUAGGUCACAGUAGAUGUGGAAUUGUCAAAACUGCCGAAGAACUAUAAAAUUGCAAAUAAAAUGCAAAUAUAACAAAUAAAAUAUAACCAUGGAUCCGACUUUUUUUUUAUAUGUGAGUUCCAGUGAAAGUGAUGGAGAAGAAAAAAUAGUGCGGAGGCAGCUUAGAGAAAAAAGCAAUCCUUUGGCACUCCCAAACACAGCGUUCCUUAAACGAUUCCGUCUGACCAAAGAGGCCUUCGAAUUUUUUCUACAGGAAAUAAAUUUAACAAAAUCAGACACCAAAGCGGUGCCUCCAGUGCUACAAUUGGCAGCUACACUUUCACUUUUGGCUAGCGGUGGGUACCAGCACAGUGUUGGCAGCGACUAUUUGAUCGGUAUGGGCCAGAGCACUGUUUCGAAGUUAACAUCCCACGUCCUGAAAGAAAUGGAAAGGAAGUUGUGCCCACAGUUAAUACGAUUUGCGCCAGAAGAUUCACUUAGCUGCAAGGAGUGGUUUGUGGAGCAGUACAAAAUACCUGGAGUUAUAGGGUGCGUUGAUGGCACUCACAUCGGCUUUCAAAAACCUACAGCAAACGAGCACAUGUACUUCAAUAGGAAAGGCUAUCAAAGCAUCAACGCAAUGGUAGUAUGUGACCACACCUACAAAAUUUUGGCAAUCAAUUGCCAAUACGGUGGUGCAGCUCACGACUCCUUCAUUUGGAAACAUUCAGACCAGAGAAGAGUUUUGGAAGAACGAUUUCAGGACAAUAUGCAGGAUAACUCACGGCUUUUAGGGGAUUCUGGCUACCCCCUUGAACCAUGGUGCAUAACCCCUUAUAGAAACGCUUUGAAUGGUUCAAGUGAAUCAAUUUUCAAUGAUAUUCAAGGCAAGAUGCAUUAUUAAAAGAAGCAUUGAAAUUUUAAAAGGGCGCUGGAGAAUUUGGCAAGAGAGGACGAUACCAUCCUACAAAAGUGGCAAGAUUUGCGAACGUAUGUGCUGCAUUACACAACGUCUGCAUUAAAUUUAAAAUUAACUACAAUCCUCAGAAUUAUGACUCUGACCAUUCACUUGAAAUCGCCGCCGGUGAAGCAAAUCAUCUCACUACAAUAGGCCAAACAAUAAGAGAUUAAAUAAGAUAUUCCUUACUAAAUUUUUAUCGAAAUUAAAAAUAUAUGUACACAUACA